AUGCAUCGCUGUUUUGAAUCCGACGAUAUCAUUUAUGCUGUGUUGGAACACGUCAAGUCCUCUGGGACGGACUUGGUAAACGUAGCAAUGACAUGCACCAGGCUGGCAGGCCCCGCCCUCAAUAUCCUCUGGUCCGAACAGUCAAGUUUGGGACCCCUCAUUAUGUGUCUACCGAAAGACACCUGGGAGAUCACAAGGGAUCGGAUCAUCAAUUUUCGCAGAGAGCCAAGUCCCAUUGAGUGGGAUCGCCUCAGCCUGAACGCAUCGAGAGUACGCCGGCUUGUUGCUGAUAGAUCCGGUCACGCGUUUUUCCCGCAACUACAACCCAGCGAUCAUGUCAUACAGAGGCUUUUCAAGCGAUUCCAUCCUGUCACACUCUUCCCGAACCUAUGCGCAUUGGAUUUCGAGGCCGUAUUUCAUCGUCUGGAUUGUAGUACAAAAUUAUUCGUACUUCGGCAGUUCAUUUCGCCUGGAUUGGAAGCGCUCCAGUUCGAUGUACCUGACGUCCUGACGCAUGAAGCAGAGCAAUUGUUUGCUGUUCUUCCCGCAGAAGCAUACAACCUGCGCCAACUGUCAAUAUGGGCGGGCCAUGGUAAUACACCUUUUACAGUCCCUCCGAUCCUGGGAAAGCUGCCAAAGUUGAUGAUGUUGACCAUUUUCGCAAUCGAUGUGUCCCUGACGAGGCAGACGAUCACCAAUAUCCAGCAUGCGUGGUGUCUUAAAACCCUCAGGCUUACUUUGUGCGGAACCUCCUUUGACAAGGGUGAUACGUCGCUUGAAUUACCUAGUCUCGAAAACCUCUAUCUUUCUGGCGAUUCCUUACCACAGUGCGCACACUUCGUUCGUCAAAUCACCACUCGGCAACUAUCGUGCAUCGAUAUCACGUACUACAAAUCUGCUUGCUCGACCAUAAUCGCCCCGUUUAUAGAAUCUUUGUCGAAGUCGUGCCAAAAUCCUGGAUUCUUGAAGCAGAUAUGGCUGGCCGACGCAUCAAUUGUGAAGCGUAUUCAUGCUGAACCUGCCAUCCCGCUUUCCUCUGAAAUCUUCCGGCCCUUGCUCAAGUUCAACAAGUUGUUGUCUGUCAAAUUUAUUGGCAUCGGAAAUUACAGCCUCGACGAUGAGUUCAUUCGUGAUGUCGCAGUUGCCUGGCCGAGUAUUCAGGAAUUGAAGUUCGCCGCCUCAAGAAGACGUGCCGAUUGUACCGUCAGCUUUACCGCCAUGAUGUCACUGGCGUCAAGGUGCAAAUCGCUGCAUACCUUACAUCUGACGUUCGAUGCUACACGGCCGACGAUAAUUCCUCGAGCAUCGGACGGGACCGAGCAGCUUUGGCCCACGCAAACCGCCCUUCACAAGCUGCAUCUUGGGUACUCUGUCGUGUCGCCGGAUGCGCGUAUACCAUAUUUCCUAAGCGAGGUAUUUCCAAAUCUACUGGAUUUCGACUGGUAUCAAAACCUUGGGGGUAUCCAUGAUAUACGAUCACCACUCCGAGAUGCAUUGUACGAACUAAGGGUACUGCGGAACUUGUUUGACCCUGACGACGAAUGGGAUCAGGAAGACGACUUGGAUCCGUGGAAUUCAGAUGAAGACGUCUUCGAUCAUGAAGCGUGGAAUUCAAGUGAAGAGGAAUUGGAUUUUGAAGCGUGGAAUCCAGAUGACGGUGGAUGGAUCCCAAUAUUCAGCGAGCACUAG